CCUCUCGGACCCCACAGCAUGUCGCCACCCUCACCCUUUGCCAUGGCGCAAUGGCGGCGUGUUUCUAUGCUGCCACUGCUGUUGUGGUGCUGCCUAUCCGCGGCUUUCAUAGGCCCUGUAGCGAGACGUAGCACAUUGCUGGGUUUGUUUUCUGCGACACCGCAAGCCGCGCAGGCGCUGCCGGGUUCGCCUCGUUUUGCCGGAAAGUACGAUGACCCUGAGUUUCCGGGUUGCCCCAGAGAGAUAGUACUGCAAGGUGCUCGAGUGCUCGUCAGGGGCACUGAUGGUGAAGGCCCUAGCUGCCAGGGCAAGAGCUGGGAAGCCGUUGGACGCCGAGGACGAGGUGCACCAGACAGCCUGGACGGCAAUCAGUUGUCUAUUGAUUUUUCCUCCAGAGGCGGUCCCUCGGAGGUGAUCGUCACCUGGGUGGAGAGCCAGCUGCGCUUCCCCGACGGUCGCAGCUGGAGACGACGCCGAUGAACCGCGGCCAAGGUCAAAGGACAUCGCCGCCACGGAGCUUCACAGUGUCAAAAAAAA